CCCUCCUCUUCCUUUUCACCGGCGACUCGUGGAAGUUGUAGGGAACUCCUGGUGGGAGUAUUACCACCAACCAUGACCGAGGAAGGUUCACAGUGAUGAACAUACCGGUGCACCUAUUUUCCCCACAACAACCCUAUGGGUUAGGUUGAGACUAGUUGUGGCCCAAGUUGCCUACCUAGCAACAGAGAAGUAAUCAGCUGCAAGAACUUAGAACUCAGAAAUACUUCUGACAUGAGUGAUGAUUUCUAACUUCAUAACUGCUGGAGGCAUAAUGGAUGUCAACACCGCCCUUCAAGAAGUGUUGAAAACUGCACUUAUCCAUGAUGGAUUAGCUCGUGGAAUUCGUGAAGCUGCCAAAGCCUUGGACAAACGUCAAGCCCAUCUUUGUGUUCUUGCAUCCAAUUGUGAUGAACCUAUGUAUGUCAAGCUGGUUGAAGCUCUUUGUGCUGAACAUCAGAUCAAUCUAAUAAAGGUUGAUGAUAACAAGAAGCUUGGUGAGUGGGUAGGUCUCUGCAAGAUCGACAGAGAAGGAAAACCUCGUAAAGUUGUGGGUUGCAGUUGUGUGGUUGUUAAAGACUAUGGCAAAGAAUCUCAGGCCAAAGAUGUCAUCGAAGAAUACUUCAAAUGCAAGAAAUGAACAAAUAAAAUACAUUUGAGUUGACAUUA